AGAGCGCGGAGUACCUCAGGACCGGGACCAAUCAGAGCGCGCCGUGCCUCAGCGCGCGGGGCCAAUCAGAGCGCGGAGUACCUCAGACCGCGGGGCCAAUCAGGGCUCGCCGUGCCUCAGGCGCGGGGCCAAUCAGCGGCGGCGGCGGGAGCGGCGCGAGCGGCUCCGCGCGCGGGAAGCCUGAGGGGGAUGCUCGGCGAGGGGGCGUGGCCGGAGCCGGAAACGCUCACGGAGGAGGAGGAGGAGAAGGCGGGAAGCGGAAGUGACGCAGCGGAGCGGCGGGAGCGGGCGCCGUGAGGGAGCGGCGGGAGCGGAGCGGCGGCGUGACGUCACCCCGCGGGGCAGCGCCACCGGCGUGACGUCAUGCCGACCGUGCUGGGCCUGGAGGGCUCCGCCAACAAGGUGGGGGCGGGGGUGGUGCGCGACGGCGCCGUCCUCAGCAACCGCCGCGCCACCUACGUCACGCCGCCGGGACACGGGUUCGCCCCCGGGCCCACCGGGCGGCACCACCGGGCGGCGCUGCUGGGGCUGGUGCGGGCGGCGCUGAGCGAGGCCGGGGUGGGGCCCGAGGACAUCGACGGCGUGGCCUUCACCAAGGGCCCGGGCAUGGGCUCCCCCCUGGCGGUGGUGGCGGCCGUGGCGCGGACGCUGGCGCAGCUCUGGGGGCGCCCCCUGCUGGCCGUUAACCACUGCGUGGGGCACAUCGAGAUGGGGCGCGCCCUCGGCCCCGCCCCCGACCCCCUCGUGCUCUACGUCAGCGGCGGCAACACCCAGGUGAUCGCCUUCGCGCGGCGCCGGUACCGGAUCCUGGGCGAGACCCUGGACGUGGCCGUGGGCAACUGCAUCGACCGAUUGGCCCGGCUGCUGCAGAUCCCCAACGCGCCCAGCCCCGGCUACAACGUGGAGCAGCUGGCCAGGAGGGGCCGCCGGCUGCUGCCGCUGCCGUACGUGGUGAAAGGCCUGGACGUUUCCUUCUCGGGGCUGCUCUCCCACCUGCAGGCCGUGACCCCAAAACUUUUGGCGUCGGGGGAGGCGACGCCCGAGGAUCUCUGCUUCUCCCUGCAGGAGACGGCGUUCGCCAUGCUGGCCGAGGUCACCGAGCGCGCGCUGGCGCUGACCCGGGCGCGGCACCUGCUGCUCGUGGGGGGCGUGGCCUGUAACCACCGGCUGCAGGAGAUGCUACGGAGCAUGUGCAGAGCCCGGGGGGCGGAGCUUUGCCCCGUGGACGACAGGUAUUGCAUUGACAACGGCGCCAUGAUCGCCCAGGCCGGCUGCGAGAUGCUGAGGGUGGGGCAGGUGACAGAGCUCAGCCAAUCGGGGAUCACGCAGAGGUACCGGACGGACGAGGUGGAGGUGACCUGGAGGGAUUGAGGCGGCCACGCCCACUGUGGCCACGCCCACCUAAUAAAAAUCCCCACCCCCUUCAUCGUGUGGCCACGCCUCUUUUUUUGGCGGAGCCGCCGGCGGGAAACGCCUCCUGGAGGAUCUCUGCUGUAUAACUUCCUUUUUUGGAUAUUUGUAUUUAUUUAUUUUUAAUAUAUAUAUAUUUGGGUUUUUUUUCCUAUUUUUUAAGGGCUUUUUACGUCUUUUUUUGCUUAACCUUUAGAUUCUCAACUCAUUUUCCCUCACGAUUCGCCCCCGCCGCCACGUGUCCCCCCCGUCCUCCCCCGCAGAUCUAAUUUCUUGUACUUUAAUCCAUAUCUUAAAACCGAUUUAAGGAUUUUUCAUUAAUUUGUAAAUUUCGGUGGAAUUUUUAAGCUUUUUUACCCCUCUUGGGAUAAUUUUUCCCCUCAGGAAGGAGCCUCUUGCCGCUGUAAAAUUAGUUUUAAACCUUUAAUUUACAUUUUUUAAUUAGGUUUUCCCUUCGAAGAACAAUUUUCGCGUUUUUAGUUAACAAUUCUUUUUAUUUUUGACGAGUUUUCGGAGGUUUUUGGCCUAAUUUAUGGGAGUUUACCCUCAGAUUUCUCCCCUCAGGAUUCGCCUCCACCCCUCACGCGUUCUCCCUCUUUUUUAACGUUACCUAAACUUAAAACACAUUAAAAUACAAAACUAUAAAACCUUUCUGAGGAAGUUUACCUCCUAAUUAUUAUUUUUAAUAGAUUUUACUUUUUUUUUUAAAUCUCUUCCACUAUUCCCUGUCCGUGCUGGGAAAACACCAAAAAAAGCGAUUUUAUCCCUUUAUUUUCUAUUUUUAUUUUUCGCUAUCCUCGGUCUCACCGUUUCCAGUGAGGUUUUGGGCUUUUCACUCUUUAAAUUUUGUUUUUUCGGGUUUUUAAAUAUUUUUAUUUUACGUGUGUAUAUAAAUGAUAUAACAUUUUGUUUUACAUAGCUAUUUUAUUGAUCGCUGGAAUAAAUACCGCUCCACCGUGCAAUUUCCCUCGGGUUUUAUGAGGGACGAAAGCUAAAACUUAUUUAUUUCAAUAUUUUUAAAUAAAACCGCAAACCUU